CCUGCAGGUUGGUCACACUCUUGCUACCUUCAUAAGUCGCUUCAUAAGUCGUGUACGUUUCAUCAUAUUGACAAUCUGUGUUCAUCUUGCCUGAUGCUCUGCACGGGAGUGAUGAAAGCUGUGUGGCCUUGUGUAUUAGCGGUGGGCUUGGUCACCUGGAUCGCCUGUGGUUCUGAUGCCCUUCCGGAAAUUCCGCAAUCACAGGACGGUAGCAGUGAAGAUGACUCGGUAAGUGAAGGCGACUCAGCCGAGGACAGCAUGGAAGUCCACGAACUUCAGAAUGGUAAAAGAGAAGAACGGAACAUCCUUGGGAUGCAGCAUAGCAAUGAAGCACAGAUCGCCCUACAGCAGCGGCAGAAGGCGCAGCUGGAGGGAAAGCUGAGGCAGCUGGAGUUCAAGAAGAGUAAUAUGGCGAGUCGAGUGAGGCGUGCGCGAGCCACCGUGGGCCUCGGAACAGGAACAGCAGCUGUGUUACAGCCUGUGUUUCAGAUCCCCUCCUCGGCCAGGCCAGUGGACUGUGCAGACCUGCUGGUGAUGGGAGCUACCCGCAGCGGAGUCUACGAUAUCUACCCUUUUACGUGCAGGUGUAGCAACAAGGUGCAGGUGUGGUGCGACAUGGAGACGGACGGCGGAGGUUGGACAGUCUUCCUGAGUCGACAAACCCAGAUCCCGCGGGAAGACUUCAACCGUUCCUGGACUGAGUACAAGCAUGGUUUUGGCAACCGUGACGGCGAGUACUGGCUAGGUACAGAAAACCUCUACACUAUGACCACCAGCCGCAACUACAACUUGAGGCUCGACCUUAUUCUUCCCUCUGGCAUCCCCCAGUACACUGAAUGGCAGGACUUCAAAGUUGGCCCAGAGGAGUCCAGGUAUCGUUUGUCGUGGAGCACUUUCACCAGCCUUGACUUUUCUCUGACCAGCAACUGCCUGAGCUACGCCAACGGACGCUCGUUCUCCACCUACGACCAGGACGAAGACUCUUACUCAGAUAAUUGUGCCCUGAUCCAAGGUGGCGGGUGGUGGUACUACAAUUGCUUGCAGUUCAACCCCACCAACAGUGGAGCGAAUGGAAGUGAGGCGGAUCAACAUAACGUGCUUCAACCACGAUUUCAUUAG